AUGCCCCGUGACUACAUCGACCUCCUGCUGAUUCACUUCCCCAAAGGUGACUGUGCGGAGGCCUGGGCUACGCUGGAGGAGUAUCACAGCAAAGGGGUGCUUCGGGCCAUUGGCGUCAGCAACUUCAAGAAGUCUGACCUGGAGACCCUGAUGAAGACCGCCAAGGUGAAGCCUGCGGUGAAUCAGAUCGAGCUGAAUGUGCUCGAAUAUGAUGCCGAGGGCUUGGCGUACUCCAAGCAGCUGAACAUCACCGUGGAGGCCUACUCCCCGGUGGGCCGCAGCGGCCACUCUGGGGACAUUUGCGGCAACGAGGUGGUGAAGUCGGUGGCCUCGAAGCACCAGAUCAGCACCUACCAGGUGGCACUGAAGUGGAUCCUGCAGCACGGCAACCUCUUGACCUUCCAGUCAAGCUCCGCAGAGCAUCAGGCGGAGGACGCGGACGUUUUCGGCUUCCAGAUCAGCGACGAGGAGAUGAAGGCUUUGGAUCAACUCCACGGAGCAUCUCCUGGCCUUCGGCCCAUGGUGGUGUGA